AAGCUCUGUGCUCCAAGUUAGAAAAACGCUUUUUACGAGGUAUCAGCACUUUUCUUUCAUUGGGGGAAGGCGUGAGGAAAGGACCAAACAGCAGCAUACUUUUAAACUUUAAAUAGACAGGUCUGAGAGCCUGAACUCUUUUCCUCUGACUUCAGCCUCCAAGAAGCUUCACCGCUUUGGCGCGCCGGCUUCACUUUCAAUAAGUGAAAGAGAGGUGCCCAGACAUGGGUGACUGGAGCGCCUUGGGGAAGCUGCUGGACAAAGUACAAGCCUACUCCACGGCUGGAGGGAAGGUGUGGCUGUCGGUUCUCUUCAUCUUCAGAAUCCUGCUCCUAGGGACCGCAGUCGAGUCAGCGUGGGGUGACGAGCAGUCGGCCUUUCGCUGUAACACUCAACAACCUGGUUGCGAGAACGUCUGCUAUGACAAGUCCUUCCCCAUCUCUCAUGUGCGCUUCUGGGUCCUUCAGAUCAUAUUCGUGUCUGUGCCCACGCUCCUGUAUUUGGCGCACGUGUUCUACGUCAUGAGAAAGGAAGAGAAACUGAACAAAAGGGAGGAGGAGCUCAAAGUGGCCCAGACAGAUGGUGCCAACGUGGACAUGCAUCUGAAGCAGAUUGAGAUCAAGAAGUUCAAGUACGGCAUUGAAGAGCACGGCAAGGUGAAGAUGAGGGGCGGCCUGUUGAGAACCUACAUCAUCAGCAUCCUCUUCAAGUCCGUCUUCGAGGUGGCCUUCCUGCUGAUCCAGUGGUACAUCUAUGGGUUCAGCCUGAGUGCCGUCUACACAUGCAAGCGAGACCCCUGCCCCCAUCAGGUGGACUGCUUCCUCUCCCGUCCCACGGAGAAAACGAUCUUCAUCAUCUUCAUGUUGGUGGUGUCGUUGGUGUCUCUCGCUUUGAACAUCAUCGAGCUCUUCUAUGUCUUCUUCAAGGGCGUGAAGGAUCGCGUGAAGGGAAGAAGCGACCCUUACCACGCCACCUCCGGCCCUCUGAGCCCAUCAAAAGACUGUGGCUCUCCCAAAUACGCUUACUUCAAUGGCUGCUCCUCACCCACGGCUCCACUCUCACCUAUGUCUCCUCCUGGGUACAAGCUGGUCACGGGCGACAGAAACAAUUCUUCAUGCCGCAAUUACAACAAGCAAGCGAGUGAGCAAAACUGGGCUAAUUACAGCGCGGAGCAAAAUCGAAUGGGGCAGGCCGGAAGCACCAUCUCCAACUCCCACGCCCAGCCUUUUGAUUUCCCCGAUGACAACCCAAAUGCCAAAAAAAUCGCUGCUGGCCAUGAACUCCAGCCAUUAGCCAUCGUGGACCAGCGACCUUCCAGCAGAGCCAGCAGCCGGGCCAGCAGCAGGCCUCGGCCUGAUGAUCUGGAGAUCUAAACAGGGGCUUGAGCAUCAAGAUGCCACUCAAUUGUGGAGGAGAAAAAAAAAGGGUGCUUACAGAAAGUGCACCUGGGGUGUUCAUUUUGUUCCCAUGGAGAUAUGGUACUCAAUAACCUCAGUGAUGAGGCGUAGAAAGCAGACAUUACAAUACCUAGUUCCUUGGGGGUGUUUGGGGUAGCUGGGUGGAACAGGUGGGGAUAAGGGAGGUACAUACUGGUAUUUAAUGUAGUAGAUUGAAAGAACUUAAAUUCUAGUAAGAGUCGCAUUGGGUGAACAUAGAUAGGUAAGGGCUUUCUCUCUCUGCGCCCCCACCCCAACCGAACCUUAAGAAUGGUUCUGCAUAUGUGAGUGAGUGGGUGAUAAAUUUUUUUUGUUUUGUUUUGUUUUACUGAAAAACUGAGAUUGCUUUGGCCAGGAAUCUAUGCUGUUUCAGCAUUCAUUUCCCUUAUGAAAAGACACAUUGUCUUACAUCCUU